AUGGGUUGUAGAAAAUCAAAAAUUUUACCUGUUAUUGAUUUGCAAUCCACUCGUCUGGGGAGUAACGUACCGCUUGGUCAACAAGUUGACAAUCAUUUUAUUAACAUUGUUUCAAUUGAUUACGACUCAUCUCCGACAAUUGAUGAUAUUGCGACAAUUACGGCACUGUUAGACACUAAAACAAAUCAGAUUGAUCUUCGUCUAUUAGAUGAGAGUGCUUAUAGUCAAACUUUUCGUCAACAACGACAGAAUGUCAUUGAUAAUCAAAUGUAUCGUGAAAUAAUUGAUUCAUGGCGACCAACAUCAAUUCAACAAUUAGUUGAUAAUAUGAAAGAUUUAUCGAAAAAUAAGACAACAAUUGAGAAAGCAUGGGUUAUAUUUUAUUGGAUUGCAUGUAAUAUCGAGUAUGAUGUAAUUUCGUAUUUCAGUAAGAAUUAUGCAGAUCAAUCGGCUGAAGGUGUUUUUCGAACGAGAAAAGGUGUUUGCGCAGGUUAUGGUAACUUGUACAAGAAAUUAGCCGAUAAUAUUGGUUUGCCAUGUGAAACUUGUGGUGGAUAUUCAAAAGGUUAUUCGUUUGAGUUAAAGCAAGCUAAAGAUAAAAAAGAAACUGAUCAUGCAUGGAAUGUAAUUGAAAUUAACAAUCGUUCUUAUUUGAUAGAGUCAACAUGGGCAGCGGGAUCACUGGAUACUUCAAAACAUUUCGAAAAAGAAUUUAAUUCAUAUUUCUUCCUAUCACGUCCCGAUGAGAUGAUUUAUCAUCAUUUACCAGAAGAAGAUAAAUUUCAAUUAUUAUCUCAUCCAAUUAGUCAUGAGCAAUUUUUAAUGUUACCUAAAACAUACCCAGCCUAUUUUGAGCAUCAAAUUGAAGUACUCUAUCCAAAAUUUACGCCCACCGUCACUUUGCUCAAUGGUAAAUCAUUUACAAUCAUUAUGAUAAAGACACCAGCUGAUGUUGGAAUAAUUGCUGACUUAAAAUUAAAUGACACUGUCGUGAAAGGCGGCGAACGUGUACAGUUUGAUAAGAGCAGAAGAAUCUAUUGUUGUUAUUUUGCUCCACAAUCAGUCGGUUUCCAUAAGAUAAUGAUCUAUGCUAAACGAAAAUCAACAGAUGGUAAUAUUUAUUCGAGUGCAAGACUGGUCAAAAUAUUACGUAUUAUUAUGAAGUCAUUUUGA